CCCCAAUUUGAUUAGGGGCCCGUUGGCAAAGCGCCUCAAUUUCCCAGACUACAUAGCUUCUUCUACGUCCGCCAUAUUGCCUUCGCCUAAACGCUCACGCUAGAUCGGCUCGCAUCCACAACGGAACAUUUGUUGCAACUUGCAGUGAUGACACAAACGGUUCAGACCAACGGGGUUCAGCCCCUCAGUAAGACCUGGGAGCUGAGUCUGUACGAGCUGCAGAGAACUCCACAGGCACAGGAGGCGAUAACAGAUGGACUGGAAAUAGCAGUAUCGCCCAGGUCCUUGCACAGCGAACUCAUGUGUCCUAUAUGCCUGGACAUGCUGAAGAACACAAUGACAACCAAAGAAUGUCUGCACCGCUUCUGCGCUGAUUGUAUCAUCACAGCCUUAAGAUCUGGUAAUAAAGAGUGUCCUACAUGUCGUAAGAAGCUGGUUUCCAAGAGGUCGCUGCGUCCAGACCCUAACUUUGAUGCUCUGAUAAGCAAGAUUUAUCCCAGUCGUGACGAAUAUGAAGCCCACCAAGAGAGGGUGUUGGCUCGCAUCAGCAAACACAACAACCAGCAAGCCCUGUCCCACAGCAUAGAGGAGGGGCUGAAGAUACAGGCUAUGACUAGAUUGCAGCGUGGUAAGAGACACACAGUGGAGAAUGGGAGCGGAGCUGAGGACAACGGAGACUCCUCCCACUGUAGCAACGCCUCUGUCCAUAGCAACCAGGAGGCAGGUCCAAGCAUUAAGCGCACCAAGACGAGUGAUGACAGCGGGUUGGACAUGGACAACGCUGCUGAGAACGGGGGUGGGGACUCUGUGAUUGAUGGUGGAGCCAGCGAGAUAGAACUGGUGUUCAGGCCACACCCCACCCUGAUGGAGAAGGACGAUGCUCAAAACAGUGUGGAGUUUGUCCCUCGCUACAUCAAGACGUCCGGUAACGCCACAGUGGAUCACCUGUCCAAAUACCUGGCUGUCCGACUGGCUCUGGAGGAGCUGAGGAGAAACGCUGAGGCCAGCCCUGUGAACGUGGAGGCAGCUUCAGAGAAACAGUACACCAUCUACAUACCUACUGCGGCAAACCAGUUCACUGUUCUGAACGGGUCCUUCUCUCUGGAGCUGGUCAGUGAAAAGUACUGGAAGGUGAACAAACCCAUGGAGCUGUACUUUGCUCCUACUAAAGAACACAAGUAGACUCACACACAUAAAACACACUCGGCAGUUGGAAGUAAACACAUGGACUCGGUUACACCUGCACACACACUAACAAGAGGACAGGAGUGUGUUUCUCUGAAGGAGAUGAGGGGGUUGAGCCCUCUAAAGGACUCUUGUAAAAAGAAAACCAACUCUGUUUUAUAUUCUCUUUCUCUGUGUGUCUUUCUAUCCUCUGUAGACGGCAGCAGAUCAGUACAGCAGCAGCUCAUCGCUUCUUUCACUAUUUCUUAGUAUCAUCCAGUAUUCUACUCGCAAAUCCCCUCCAUGCCACGUGGUUUCGGUCCAACAUAAGCUAGUUGAGAAAUGUUUGCUCCUCAUUCCCAAACAACUCUCAGAUUCCUCUAAAAGUCACCGCCAGUAUCUGAAAUAUUGUAUAUAUUGUCAAAAUAGGGCAUAAGCUUGGAAAACCUAAUAAUAUGAUUCAUAAGGGCCUGUGCUUCUCAACUGAACACAGACAUCCAACACCAAGCUGACAUGUAUGGAAGCAAAGAAAGGCCAAAAUGAAUACAACUUGAAUGCUAAAAUAAAUUGUAAAAUGUAAUCGCUUUUGAAUUAUCGAUUGAAAUAUUUAACUAUCUGCAUUCAUGUGGUCUUGCGAUUUAAAAAAACAUAUUUUUGAGAGUCUAGGUUCCUAUUUAAGUGUUUAUCCACAUCAGUUUGAGUUCAUUGAAAUAUCAUAAAUCCAGUCAAAGCAACCUGGUAUUCAGAACUUCCCUGCACUUUUGGAUCUGAAUCUUUUAAAUGUUGGAAUAUUGGGCCUAUUUUCCUCCAAAAAGCAGACAUUUUUUCAAAGUAAAAUAUUUUAAUGUUCAACAUAGUGGUUACAUUUGAUAAAUGGGUUCCUUAUUAAAUUCAAACGACUGGCCUUUCUUUGCUUCCUCAGACCACCCUAUCUCACAUGGGACUUCUCUGUGUGACAGAGCACCUGUUAGAGCAGAUGUUGAACACUGUAGAGCAGAGCUCUGACCAGCAGGGGUCAGAAUUCCUCUCUAUAGUGGAAUAAAGCUACAAACAUUGCCUCAGGCAUUUUGUUUCUUCUUUGAGGGGGUUCUCAGAAUAUUUGUUGUUCUCUAAACAGUUUUUUCUUCUAAAUAAAAGUAGAGGCUGGUGAAGCUUUGAAUGUCUGCCAUGUUUUUGUCAGAGAAGACUGUACCGCGAUCGAUGAGGAACACUUCCUCUUUUAGUUUGUAAUAACUUCUCUCACUCUCAGCUGUUGUGUUGAUCUGUUGCCCGUAGAAACAAACUGUUCUAAUAUCUGUGACUUGUUCUUUUAUAAAUGUCUUUUGUCACAAGGAAAGGAAGGAUGGGGUUUGAUUGGAGGCGGGUGGGGUGGGAGGAUUUAAUUUGUCAGCGCCAUAGACAGUCAGACUAUCCAAGUAUUCUCAUGCUCCCUGACCAGUGGAUCUCCAUCACUUCUAUGUAGGCACCUAUUGUGAUUGUGAAACUGGUUUUAUGUUUCCAUGUAGCUAACUGAAGGGUUUAAAGCUCAACAAGAACAGAACAACCGUGAGAAUUUGACAUUUAAGAGUCUGAGCAAGUAAAGGUUUUGUCAUUAUUGGUGUGUAGAUGCAUGACUCAUGGGAGACUGGAUGACGAGCAUUUUAAAUGAAUCCCUCAAUACAGCCUGUCAUCUCAUUUUCACUGAUGUUUGAUAUUUUGAUGGCGGUGCAGGUCUUUUGUGGACACCUGCAGCAUUUUAGGGUUAACGUGGUGUCGUCACACCUAAAGAAGUAUUUCAAAUUUCACUGUGAGAACCUGUAUACUGCAUCUUUCUGUUUGGACAAUAAACCUGAAUCUGUGUUGCUCAACAUGGAAUUCUGAG